AUGACAGGUCCGCCCAACAUCGCUUCCCUACCUCUAGAGACUGUGCUGCGCAUAUGCCGUGUCAUAUCGUCAGAUGGAGGCCCCGGUCCCGCCAUCGGCCGUGAUCUCACUGCAAUCGCUCUUACUUGCCGUUCGCUGAACGAGCCUGCUUUGGACACGCUCUGGCACUCGAUUCGCUCACUCGCCCCGCUACUGCGCACGCUCCCCGAGGAUUUGUGCAUUGUCGCCCCUUUCUUCAACAACAGUGUCGAUGGACGUAUCCCACGCGCAAAAUCCCAGUUGGUAAUCCUUCGCGCUCCCGUGCCGAGAGACCUUUCGCGCUUCUCCACGUAUUCCAGGCGGGUCAGAAGGCACGGCUUUCCUCGGGUUACACACGACUUCUUCGCUGGAGAAACGCUACCGCCUGGCGAGGAGUACGCCUUAGCAUCUUCCCACCACAUCCCCUACGCAAUCUGGGACUUCCUGUUGGCCUUCGGGCCUCAGCCACUCCUUCCAAAUCUGCAGUCCGUGUAUCACAACGAGUGGGCCCUCCAUAUGGGCUUAGGCUGGCGCGGGACCCCAUAUCACUCGGCCGAGCUCUUGUUCGGGCCCAAGCUGCAGAAAGUCGAAAUCGCCCGUAUCAUCGAUCCGCGCGGAGACCCCGAUCAUACCACGACGCUCAUCCGUAGCCUGUCAAAUGUCGCGACCUCCUUGGAGGAGCUCAUCAUCGAGGUCGAACCCAACAACCACGACUUCUUCCCCGAAGCCAGAUUGCUGUAUGGAGCAGACAUCCGCUUCUUUCAAAGCCUUACGAGCUUCAGCAGUCGCUCUGUGUGUAUCGCACCAGAUGCUCUGCUCGCUCUAGGCCAGCUACCAUACCUGGAGUCACUGCUACUGCACGUGGAUCCCACGAAGUACGCCUGGGACGCAUUGCUUCACGGAAGGUGUGCCGACCUCUACCCUGCCCUUCUACGACUAGACCUACACGAUAUCUCCACGAUCUGGUGCACAUCAUUCCUGCGAAUGGUGUCGUCCACCUCGCUACGGAUGUUGUCCAUCCGCUGUGUAGACUACCCACCGCCGCCUCCGCGCCUCUGUGAAGCGCUCUGUCCCGCGAUCAGUAACCUCCCCGCCGCUUCCUUGAUCACCGACCUCGCUAUCACCUUCCUCGACUCUGGACGCGAACCCUCCGGACACAACACGUACUGGUCGGAAGAUAUAUCCCCUCUCUUCACCCUUACCGCCAUACAGCGUCUCGUCAUCGGAGGCGGUUGCACUACUAUCCUCGACGAUCUCGCGCUCGAGGUGAUAUCAAAGACCUGGCCCGAUCUCGUGGAGCUCGUUCUCGGAUAUAAUACUUGCCGCCGCACAGACGACGAACGUACACUCGAGGCCGACGACUUCCCAUACGCGACACCUUGGGGUCUCGCCCAGCUCGCCCGUCACUGCCCACGUCUGACACAGCUCGCGCUCGCCGUCGACCUCCGCUUCUAUCCCACAUCACACACCGAACCUGACUCCCAGCUCGCGCGGGCUCCUCCUGUGCACCUUUUCGGGCCUGACGUACCCGCACUGCUGGACUUCGACGCGACGGGGUCCCUGCUCGGCGACCCGGUGUGCAUUGCAUCAUUCCUAUCUCUGCUAUUCCCGCAGCUGCGUGGGAUACGGAACGACUCUGUCUCGGAGGCAUGGUGGGAUGUGACUGAUUCAAUCUCGUUCUUCGCGCGAGUGCGAGCGCAGGAGAGGGUGUGGGGGUUAAGGAAGGGGAUGCAGCUUCGCGAGCCGAGCUCAGAAACUUAG